GAUAAAAUAGGAAGAAUUAUAAGUGUGUGUUAUUUAUAAAAAAAGCGAUUUAGUGAACUUUUUUCUUAUGUGCAAUUUUUCCACAAAAAUUGUCAAAUAUAUUCAAGAGAAUGAUGCAAAAAUGAUUCAAUGUACAAAUCUUAUAUAUGCAAAGUUUUAUCGUGCAUCUCGAAUUUAUUACCAUCUAGUUAGAGACACUUUCAAACAUCAAGAGGCAGCUGAAGAAGGAAUUAAAGGGUGGCUCAAUGAGUUACAGCAUCAGUCGGAACAAGGCAACUACGUGCACUGUCAGUUCUUUGUCUUAUCAUAAAUUAAAUGCUAUUUUUUAUUUCAGGAGGAAUGGUAUAUCAUUUUGGUUCUGUUGAUCGAUCACAAGCUACAAGCACCCAGCAAUCUCAACUAUUCUCAAACCAAACACCAUUAGCACUAGUCAUUAAAACAAAUAUGAUAAUUCCUAGUGAAUUGAAUGAAGUAAAGCUGUCUAUAAGACGUAAUGCAUUCUAUAUGUUAAAAUUUAUUUUAUACCAUGAAAUACGUGGCAUCUAUAUACAAAUGAAAUUGUACACUGAUCUUAACAAACAUAUUCGAAAAGGUGAAAUCCUAUCAGAAAAAGACUUCAGUAAAGUCGAACAAUAUGCAAUGAAUAAAAUAAAUAUGUACAUUAAUUUGAGAAAAUCACUCUAUGAUAAAUACUUGUAA